AUGGACUCCUACCCCAGGUUAGUCAAGACGUACUACUGGACAAUCGCUGCACAUGUCAGGUGGGGCUUGUGGGCCUUCAGCUACGUCAUCGCCAACAAGGAGAAUACCAAACUCUACGUCGAGCUUCAGGGUGACAGUCGUACUGAGGACAAGGAAAUACAAAUCCACUCUGGCGAAGGCGACAGUACGAAUAACGAGGACCAGAUGUGGCUCAUUGUCCGUGCAUAA